AUGAACGCACCGGACGAGAACGCCAUAACGCGGAAAAUAAACGAGCUGCGGAAACGGCGGCAAGAGGGCCCGCCACGGAAGGAACGGAGCUAUGAAGACCUUCUGCAAGAAAUGGAGAAUUGCGUUAAAGUGCGCAACGGAUACAAAAUAAGUUCCAUCCUUAAGUUAACACAAUUGCCAGUAGACAUUCUGGUGUUCGACGAAACAACAGAAAUUGAGUUACGGAAAAAAAUAAAAAAAAAAAAUGCGCUAAAAAAUUAUGAACAGUUAAUAAUUGAUCAUUACACCAUUAUCAAGACACUGUGUAACCGGAACAACAUAAAUUGGGAUGUUCUCCUUAGCACAGGAUGCAAAUAUCUCUCGUCCUUUAUCCAUCUGUAUAGUGAGAAUUUGUGGCUACUACCAUAUUUACUAACGAUCUGCUCAUUCCUAAAUACCAUAAGUACCUUGGCAGAUUCCUACUACAGCACGAGCAGUAAGAACGACAUAUACAACGAAGACAAUGAAGAUAUCAACGAGAAAAAUAAAUACACAAUAGAAGUAUUGAAUUCUAUUCGAGGUAAAAUAGGAAUUGUUAAGGGAGACAUUGAAAAGCAUGGAGGGUUCGUCAUCCUCAUGUUCCAGUCGAUAAAAUUAUGUAUGAAGUUAAAUAACAUGCAAAUAACAACAAGCUUUUUGAAAAUAAUUAAUUCUACAGAUAUAGGAUACUCUUAUAUCCCCAAGUCUUUUAUCGUGCUAUUUAAGUACCAACUUGGGAAGUUAUAUUUGCACAAAAUGGAUUAUGAAAAAGCAGAGAAAGAAUUCAUCUGGGCAUUCUCUAACUCAAGAAAAGGUAAAACAGACUUUAAAAAAAAAUUAUUGGAGAGUAUUAUUUCUAUCCGCUUGAAUAAAGGGCAUUAUCCACCAAAGCGAUUGUUACAAGAUUAUGAACUCACUAUUUAUAUGGAUAUUAUUCAUUCUAUCAAACAGGGGAAUAUAUUCCUCUACAACCGAGUAAUGGAUAAGAACUCUAAAUAUUUUUUUGACAAUGGAUUGAAUGAGUGCAUUGAUCAAAUUCACUUUGUUGUUAAACGUAACCUCCUGAAGAUUGCUGUUGACUGGUGGAAUGAAACCGUUAAGGAUAAUCCAAAUAAGCUAUAUAAAGUACCUAUCUGUAUUUUUCAUCAUAUUUUUAACUGGGCCCAAAUUACGCAACACCACCACCAGUUGGAGACCAUUUGCAUUAUCACCUCACUCAUUCUUUUUAAAUACAUCAAUGCUUAUGUGGCCUAUGAUAGCAACAUCUUGGUGCUUAGCAAGAACGACCCUUUUCCCUCACUUUCUAAGUGUCGCAUGGGCCUUAGGAGCGCAGUCGAUAAGGCCUACGCGUGA